CAUUUUUUCUAGAAUUGCCAUUUAAGAUUUUUUAACUUGGACAUUCAUUGAAGUGCAGAAAAAAAAGAACAGGUUUCUGUCGACGUUUACCCCUCUGUUACUCCGCCGCACGUUCAGCAAUCUCCGGCAUAGGCUACCACUUUACUUAUUUAUCAAUGAUGAAGAGGGUAUGGAGAAUCCCGGAUGCUUUCCAGAUGGAAGCAAUUCUCCGAAGAUCUUCUGAAGAUUAUAGAAAACUUUCAUCGUGUUACACAGUUGCACGAGGUUCAGCCAAUAUGUUUUGCAUCCGAGGACUGGCAAGCGAGGCGCCUUCUUCGCAACCUCCCUGGCCACAGGUAUUUUCUUUGUUCGCAGACAGGUGGAGUCACGCUGAUUCUUUAGUGAAACAGGAUAUGAAAGAAAGGGUUUCACAUUUAAGGGAUGAGCUGCUAGCAUACAGUGGUGAUGCUGAAAAGAUUGAGAAAAUAUUGGAAGAUAGAGGGAUUUCGUUGUUUAGGAGGUAUGCAGAUGGUUCUGCAGUUGUUGAGCUCUUAAAGCAGCUAAAAUCUUCGCCCGGAUUAGCGCUCCAGGCUUUUGACUGGAGAAGAAGACAAUUGGAUUACCGGACUCCCAUGUCACCUGAGGAGUAUUCCAAGGCUAUUGUUGUGGCUGGAAGGUUAAAGAAUGUUGAUCUUGCAGCUGAACUAUUCAAGGAGGCUUCCAACAAGCUACUCAAGUCGACCUCUUUAUAUAAUGCCCUUAUGACAGCUUAUAUGUUCAAUGGUUUGGCUGUAAAGUGUCAAUCAGUUUUUCGUGACUUGAAAAGGGAAGCAACAUGUACUCCAACUAUUGUUACAUACAACAUACUUAUCUCGGUGUUUGGAAGAUUAAUGCUGAUAGAUCACAUGGAGGCAACCUUACGGGAAAUAAAUGAUUUAAAUAUCUGCCCAAAUGUUAGUACGUACAACUAUUUAAUUGCUGGAUAUAUCACAGCGUGGAUGUGGGAUGAUGUGGAGAAGACGUAUAGAAUCAUGAAGGCAGGAAGUAUCAAGCCUGAUCUUACUACCCAUUUGUUGAUGCUUCGAGGAUAUGCACAUUCUGGUAAGUUGGAUAAGAUGGAAGAAAUCUAUGAGCUUGUCAAAGGUCAUGUUGAUCAGUAUGGAAUCCCGUUAAUUCGAUCGAUGAUAUGUGCUUACAGUAAAAGUUCUGACGUAAAUAAGGUUCAAAAGAUUGAGGAAUUGAUGAGGUUGAUUCCUAAAGAUGAUUAUAGGCCUUGGCUGAAUGUCAUAUUGAUAUGUUUGUAUGCAAAGGAGGAUUUAUUAGACGAGAUGGAAAAUUCGAUAAAUGAGGCAUUUAAAUGUAACACAUCUGUCACAACAGUUGGUGUUAUGCGUUGCAUCAUUUCAAGUUACUUCCGAAACAAUGCAGUGGACAAACUUGCUAAUUUUGUUAGCCGUGCAGAAUGUGCUGGUUGGAAAAUAUGCAGGUCCCUUUACCACUGCAAGAUGGUUAUGUAUGCAUCACAAAGGCGACUCGUUGAAAUGGAGAGCGUUCUUAGCGAGAUGGAUAAAGUGAAUCUGGAUAUCUCAAAGAAAACAUUUUGGAUAUUACUUAAAGCCUACGCAACAUGGGGGGAAAAGCAUAAAUUUCAUCAGGUCUUGGGUAUGAUGUGCAAGCAUGGAUAUGGAAUUCCUAUGAAUGGAUGAAUUUGGUAGUUCAUAGUUCAAUUUCCUUCCAUCAUCGUUCUAUGGCGGUUCACCGAUUGUAAUGCUGUUGGAAUUUGGGAUUUUGAUGAAGCAAAUGACUCCCUUAUUUAGUUCUUCUCCUUUUCUUGUUCCCUGUUAUUGCUGAUAUACGACAGACUAGAAAGAAGCUCAAGCGAUGAAAGCAUUUCUAUGAUUUAGAAGAGUUAAUCCAAGCAUGUGUGAACAGCAUGUCUGCUUAUUGUCAAUAUAAUUCCAAUUGAGGGUAUUUUAGACUUCUCAUAGUACUUAAUUGUGUAACUUGUCGAGUAUUUAACGUCAAACUGAAAGGCCAUGGAACACUUCUUUAUUUUGCUUUGUUCGUGGCUCUAAAUCUUCUACAGCCUUUUUGGUUCAUUGCCAUUCAGCUUGUCUGGGUUUUAGCAUCAUCUCUAAGCUAUUAACCUUAUUCUUUGUCGCUACACUCGCUCAGAGAUUUAUGUUGUUCCACUGCCUCUGAUCGACAUGCGCAGAGACAAAUGACGAGCCAUUUCCUGAUUAUUUUUCGCAAGCACCAGCCAACUUGUUGCGGUUUGUAUCUCAACCAAGACCCCGAAAUUCCAUUAUUCUACUAUUUCUGCAUCCAAGGCAAACGUCUCUCAUCUACAAUUCAAUUUGCGCGAUCUCCAAGCUGAAGAGCAGCUGCCAGUUGUUAAUAUUUAGAACUGCACCGAGUCCCAGAUUACCUGGAAGCCGUUCCUUGAUGUUUCUGCUGUCCCAAAAUGUGAAUAUGAGACUUUUCUUGCCAAUCAGUCAAAAGCUCUGACAAAACAGAUGCUGCGGCGUUUUACAUCUGUUUUUUUUGUUUGUUUAUUAUUGGAUUGUUGGUCUACUGCUCAGCCUCUGAAGUGUGCUUACUGUCUGAAGCAUCAGGAGAAAAUAGGGGAAACAAUGGGCUUACUGUCUGAAGCAUCAGGAGAAAAUAGGGGAAACAAUGGUGCUUCCUCAAACAGUGGUUAUUCACAUGGAAAGGUUUGUUGAUAAACUACCAGGCCACCUGCUGAUUAUGUGAAAGCAUCAUACAGAAACUCUAAAACCCUUGCUUAGAGUUAGUGAGCGCCGGAGGUGGUGCCGUGUAUUACUAACAUAUGUACAUUUUUUAGAUCUUCUACAUUUUAUACAUGGUUACGAGUCGAGAGCAUUGUGUUUGGUUGAACCUGCUACAAAGGGCUAGAUCUGCCUCUAUUAACCAGUAGUUACAAUUGAAGGUAUACCUUGAGAUGGUCGAUGUUUGUUUCGUUCUGCUGCUCAUGGUGCUUGUUUAAGGUCGAGAGCCCCCGCAUGAUGAGAACCUACAGAGACAAUUAGCAGAUGAAAUACGGGCCAGAGUAUGUUUGUUUCUUAGUAAGAAUGUUUGUUUCUUAAUAAGCCUGUUGUUCCUAGAUUUGUUGUCGGGAAGCCUGAAAACUGUAAUAGUUCAAAUUAUUUUGGUAUUUUGCAGACUAAAAACUGAAACUUUAAAGUGAUAAAGUUCAAAAGGAUUGAAACUAGCGUAUAAUCAUUUGCUCUGACUGUUGUUUCUGCAACAGCGUCUUAAUUCUGGCUA